AGAACCGUGGCGCCUCCGAUCCACCACUGCUCCGUCCCUCCCCUUUAUAAAACAAGAGCCGCCGCUGCAACUCUGCUGCGUCGAUCGACCUGUGAAACCCCACGCUGCUCGAUCUCCAUCUCAUCUCGCAAGAACUAAUUAGCCCGACGGCGUACCGAUCGACCGGCGGUACCAUCUAACCACCGGCCGCCGAGAGAAAUGGCGUUGUCCAGGGCGACCACGAACCCCGGCGAGUCCCUCAUCUCCUCCACCUUCGCGUCGCGCUACGUGCGCACCGCGCUACCCAGGUUCAAGAUACCGGAUCAGUCGAUCCCCAAGGAUGCGGCGUACCAGAUCAUCAACGACGAGCUGAUGCUGGACGGGAACCCGCGGCUGAACCUGGCCUCCUUCGUCACCACCUGGAUGGAGCCCGAGUGCGACAAGCUCAUCCAGGCCUCCGUCAACAAGAACUACGUCGACAUGGACGAGUACCCCGUCACCACCGAGCUCCAGAACCGCUGCGUCAACAUGAUCGCGCACCUCUUCAACGCGCCCAUCGGCGACGACGAGACGGCCGUCGGGGUCGGCACCGUAGGCUCCUCCGAGGCCAUCAUGCUGGCCGGCCUGGCCUUCAAGCGCAAGUGGCAGAACAAGAUGAAGGCCGAGGGCAAGCCCCACGACAAGCCCAACAUCGUCACCGGCGCAAAUGUUCAGGUGUGCUGGGAGAAAUUCGCGCGCUACUUCGAGGUGGAGCUGAAGGAAGUGAAGCUCAGGGACGGGUACUACGUCAUGGACCCGGAGAAGGCCGUGGAGCUGGUCGACGAGAACACCAUCUGCGUAGCCGCCAUCCUCGGCUCCACGCUCAACGGUGAGUUCGAGGACGUCAAGACGCUCAACGACCUCCUCGUCGCCAAGAACGCAGAGACAGGGUGGAACACGCCCAUCCACGUCGACGCGGCCAGCGGCGGGUUCAUCGCGCCCUUCAUCUACCCGGAGCUGGAGUGGGACUUCCGGCUGCCGCUCGUCAAGAGCAUCAACGUCAGCGGCCACAAGUACGGCCUCGUCUACGCCGGCGUCGGCUGGGUGAUAUGGAGGAACAAGGAGGACCUCCCCGACGAGCUCAUCUUUCACAUCAACUACCUCGGCGCGGACCAGCCAACAUUUACGCUCAACUUCUCCAAAGGUGCCAGCCAGAUCAUUGCGCAGUAUUAUCAACUCAUCCGUCUUGGUUUCGAGGGCUACAAGGGCAUCAUGCAGAACUGCCGCGACAACGCCACGGUGCUCAGGGAGGGCGUCGCAAACAUGGGCUACUUCGACCUGGUGUCCAAGGACUCGGGCGUGCCGCUCGUAGCCUUCUCCCUCAAGGACUCCUCCCGGUACACAGUGUUCGAGGUGGUUGAGAGCCUCCGCCGCUUCGGCUGGAUCGUGCCGGCGUACACCAUGCCCGCCGACGCCGAGCACAUCGCCGUCAUGCGCGUCGUCAUCCGCGAGGAUUUCAGCCGCAGCCUCGCCGAGCGCCUCAUCGCCGACCUCAACAAGGUGAUGGGGGAGAUGGACGCUCACGCCGCCAAGAGAGGGCACGUCGCCGCCGAGCCGGUCAAGAAGACGGUGCAUGAGAUCGAGAAGGAGGUGGCCACUUACUGGCGGAGGCUCGUCGCCAAGAAGAAGAGCGGCCUCGUCUGCUGAUCUCUGCGGACUGGGCGUCGUUGCGGACUGCGGGCGUACGUGCAGGAAUAAUUCUUGGCCCGACCCAGUUCUUCUUCAGCAUGUGCUUGCUAGUUUAUUGUUCCUUUUCAGUUUUGACAUUCCUUUCAAUUGCGUCCUCAAAUGCAUUUUGGAUGCCAGCAAGCUAGUCUUGUGUAUAUGUUGGUGGGCAGCUGAUCUAUGCUGCAUGUAGGUCUUAACUUUCCGUUCAAAGGGAAAACAAGCACCCGGCCUCUAGAUCGAA